AUUGUGGUCCUCACGCUGAAUCGACCUCACGUCUUCAACGGUGCCUUUGGUAUGGAAAUGGCCUUGGCAGAAUCAAUGAAUGUGGUGGCAGAGGAGUCGGAAACCCGCGCCUGCGUCGUCACCGGCCGAGGCCGCGUCUACCACGUCGCGGAGCACCGGAACAACCGAGAGUUUGAUCCGGUGAAACGGCGACACGCUUCGACGCGAGACUACCUUGUACACUACUUCAAUGCGUUCAUUAACUUCUCAAAGCCGGUCGUCGCGGCGCUAAAUGGAAGCGCCUACGGUGGGGCGGCUACGAGCACCAGCCACUGCGAUCAUGUCAUCGCAAUCGAAGAAGCUGAGCUCUCGUUUCCGUUUAAAAGAUGGGGCGUCGUUGCCGAGGGAAAUUCGACGGUGCAUCUCGCGCGGCUCUCGGGUCAAGCUCGUGCGGCUCGGAUGUUGCGUGGCUGGAUACCGCAGGCUGUUGAAGCGCAAGGCAUCGGCCUCAUCGAUCGAUGCACCACUGAAGUCUCCGGGAGCUCUAAUUAUCUUGACGCUGCGCUGGCGCUGGCUACAAAGUGGGCCACAGACGGUCGAACACGCACACCGAGAACGAUAGGCGACUCCUCCGAGACAUCCGAAGACUACAGGUGUACAAAUGGAUGCGAAGAAGAUGCCCUUGGUUUGUCGUUCAUCGGCAAGCCGUAUCUCGCAUCUCAAGUUAGCUUUUUUGGCGCGUGA